CUCGGAUGGCCUCGUUCAUAGUCUCGUAUGAUUCGUGUAUCUACAACUACUCAGUGUAAAUCAAAGUCAAUCAAUGUUUCUCCUGUAGCAGCCAUGAUCAUCGGUCGAUGCCGUUCGAGGUGAAAUGCUUCUGCAGGGUGCACAAAACGUGUCGGUCGUCGUCGCCAUUAACUUAGAUGAAUCCCCGACUAGAUUCCAUUCGCAAUCUCUGCGUUCACCAAUCACAGUAAGGAGUUUCUCAUAUCUCAGAAGAAACUGAAUAAGCGUCGGAUAGUGAUAUCCCAAUCGCAUUUCUUAUACGGUCCUUUUUGGAACAGGAACGCGAACAUGAUCAGUUACUAGAUUCAUUUAGCUUGUCGUACGUGAAGUUGAAGACAGUAAUCUUACCUGAUGUAGCAAGAGAUUUUCAUGUUGAUUGACAAUAUUUAUACAUAGUUAGGUAAACAUGCUUGUAGAAAUACGACUUGUAGUAGUUGUACUUUUUGUGUUUGUCACUAUACUAGUCAUCUUCAGAGAAAGCCUUCCUCUUUCACGAAGUAGUGGAGAAAAAGCGAAUACUCAACACCAGAAUCAGUAUGAUUUCUAUUUGAGCCAGAUCGACGUGGACGUUCUCGGGAUCCGGGAUGAUCAUGCGUGCUUUAUGAGAAAUCAGAUACUAGCGCCUACCAAGUGCAAGCGAAGCAGAAACACGUGGAGGCAAAUACGCCCCUCACUCGGUCGUGACGAGUGCCGACCCUUGCUCCUAUUCGCCACCGCUAGUAGAAAAGGCUUGUGCUUGGCGGCCAAACGUUUCUUGUUGAAGCUUUGAACAGAUAUCAGGAGUCAAAGAGCAGCGCAUCACCCCGGUUUUGAUGAGAUGAAGAUGAAUUCCAAUCCGAGUGUGAAUCCUCGCCCUUAUUCCGCGCACGGUGUGGGAACGCACACACCGCAUCAGCAUGUUGUGGGAGGCGGGCAGCUCGGCUCUUCUCGUGGCGGUCACGUGAAAGUGCCAUCGCAGCGUGAGCGCGCCGUGACGGCUGCGAGAUGGCCCAAUCGACAUAUCCAUCCAGUCGAAACCAUCAUCGGCCGUGAGGCCCCAGACUACGAGGUGCCACACACGGUCAUAUUCGCACCGUCUUACAACUCAGCUGCAGCAGCGAGGCCUCGAACAGCGCCCCUCGGUGGGAAGUCCAGGACAACCAUCAGUGCGCGGGGAGAUGAACCGACACCAAGUGGAGGCGCUGGCGCUUCGUCCACAUCAAAUCUAGCAAACGAGGCUAUCAUCCUGAGCGGAGCAGAGGAAGCAACCACAUCAAUGGCGUCGGAUCCCAACGCUGCACAUGAGCAACAUAGGCAGGUCAACAUGGCGUCUGGGCUCACUAGACCGAAAAGCAGUGUACUUCCAGGUCGCAGCCAUCAUCGCAGAGACAAGGAUCUUGGUGCAUCUAGGUAUCCUCGCGGACAACAGGCGUAUGGCAGUCGGAAGGGUGGAGUCCGUGGUGAAGACGGCCCUGCCGCUUCGUCGCACGAUAUGAGGGCUGCUGCUGCGACGGAGCCUGACACACCUCCCGGCGGUGCAGCUAGAGCAACGUAUGCUCAGGAUCAUGGUCGGCAACCUGCACUAGCAGUAGAGGAGCACGAGCCGCAUAUGGAGACACGGACCCCAGGAGGAGGUAGCAAGUGGAACCGGCAGUUUCUGAGCGACUACUACAGGCAAGAUCCGCGCUACGUGACGUUUGACGAGAAGGAGAACCGAAACAGCUACCACGACCCAACUACCACGACAAUGUUGGACAUUCAGCUGAACAACCCGGAGGUAAUGUGCAAGAUGCAGACGCCGCGUGCGCCUUACAGACCGCUCAUCACGUCCCUGCACCAGGACUACAAUCUCUCCCAUUCGAGCUGGAAUGCUGCCAUUCCGAUUGAUCCAGAGAGCAUUCCGAAGAUUCACGACGUAUACACAAGUAGUGCGCGAGACAAACUCUUGAAUGCGAAGCGCAGUUCUAGUCCUAUCCACGCAGCGCGGGAACUGGCGAGAGAACAUCACUCAUCAGAUCAUGCUGAGCAGCAUCACGCGGCAACAACGUUAAGCGGUAGCGCUGCUCCGGGAGCAAAAACAGGAACAGUUCCAGUUGCUACCGCCGCUGCCUCUAGCUCGAGCGCCCCUGCAACUGCGCAAAAACUACACCAGGGAAAACCGGUAAUAACAGAUGCAGCAGCUGCCGGGGGCGCUGGUGCGGGCCGUGCGGUGUCUUCGAGAGCCGAAACGAAUUUGGAUGGCACUUUUCAUCCGCGGGACCUGAUGGAUGUGGCGAACAGACCGAAAUCCGCUGCCCCCGUGCUUGGGGGUACUCGCGGAAAUUAUCGGGAGGAAUUUGGCACGACGCUAGCGAAUCGCAAACGCGACGCCCGCGCGCAACUUCUGCAGCAGGAUAGAAAGGAGAACCCUAGAGAUUUGGCGAGUGGCGGUUUCGGCAUGGAUCCAUCAGCAGCAGCGGGGAAGCCCGCAUCGCGCCACCGACCUGGGGAGGUACAUCACAACUCUUUGUUAGUUCUUGGUAGUCAACAGCAUCUCGGUCUCGUUGCUUUGAUGAAUAGCACAACUUUAAAUCAGUAUAUAGUUUUUUGGACACACUAAGAGAUCGGAGAGGGGAGAUUGCCGCCUGCAGGAGAACGACGCACAACCCUCUUUCCUCCAAAAAAUUUCCAGCGACCCCCGGUUCAAUUUCAUGUUUCGUCUGCGAGAGUAAGGCCAAAAUCUGCGGGUAAUCUUUCCAGUCGGUCUGUAGCGACUUAUAGUGAGUACCCGGCCGAGCAGGAUCCUGAAAAGCCAGCUUUUGCAGACUGGGAUAUACGUGAGCUGUCGAAGCUGAGCCCACAGCAGCAAGAAGAAUACAAGGUUUGCCAUCAUUUUUCUUUUCUCGACUCAAACUCCAUCAAUGCCGUGUUGUUUACUAAAAUUCCUCAUUGCCGGCUUCAAGUAUGAGUAAGUAGUAACUUAGAAGUGUGAUUACCUCAUAACAUACGAUUAAAACUGAUUUGCCUCAUCUUCGAUAUUCAGGAAUAUUGGCGUAAGAUAGCACGAAUUCCGAGUACAAACGAUUUCCCGUACAGAUAUUGCCUCGGAUGGGAUGCGCUGAAACCACGCAGACCACCAAUGUUUGCGUACCAUUCUUUCCGUGAUCUAUCGUCCCAACUAAGAAUGAAGUUGAAGGUCAACACCAUCAACACUUUCAUGAGUCCUAUGUAACUACUAGUACACUACUAUUGUUCCAUCCCACUCUCGCAGGAAGUCUGUACAACAUUGACAUUUGGAGUUGUUCUCUUCUACCACCUACAAGACCGAUGAUUUGCCCGUCCUCGUUCAGCAGCAUCACCCUCCUCAAACUUUAUGUUUUUCUAAAGACUACCACUACGCACAGGCACACCAAAUGAAUCGAAAAUAUCCUCAGGUAUAACCCCUUAACGCACACGACUGACGUUUUCGUGACAGACAAGAAAACUGGACUAAUCAAACAGGAGAGGACCGAUUUUGAAACCCCUAUUCUUCCCGCCUCAGUCGAAUCUGGCCAAGGUUUCAAUCGUCGAAAGGGCAUCGGAGAGUACACUUUUAUUUGCUAGCUCAAGGUCAAGAUGAUUAAGAUUAUGACGAUCCUAAUGGUGAUCAGAUAAAGUAAAUUCUCCUGACCACCAAGUAGAUACAUUAAGUAGACUUAGAAGGCCACCUCCUUGUUGCAUGAAUUCUAGUUCUACUGACGCUUAUAUAUAAGAAUAACGACUACAACAAGCUCAGCGAACUAAAAAGUCAUCAAUUUAACUACCAGGUAUUCGGACUUGACGCAUCUGACCCAUCCACGUUGGAAUAGAGGUUAUCACAAGCAAAUCAAUCAAAAUGAGCGGCUCUUCUACAAUCUCUCGGGCCCGGUAUAUCUCUAAUCUUCAGAGAUACUUCCAACUCAUGAAAAAGGAGAAGAUAGAUAAAUAGAUAAUGAUGAUCUCCUCUGGUAUACUAGUCCAGUGUGAUGAUCGUUGUGGAUAUUGAACAUGAACAACAAGGGCAGAGAUGAACGCCUUCUAUGAUCGAUUCUCUGCGUGCUUCAAGACACCCACGAGCAUCUUCUUUCAAUUCAGGUCUGCUCUUUCGUGGAUGUUAUGUUGCGGCAAGGUUACAAACCGUGAUCUUACGACAAGUACAGACGAGCGACCUUAUUCGACUUAUGUCGUAGAAGCUAGUCGUGAGGCCCUCGCAAAUGCCGUUGCGUGUGCGGCGUUAGUGGUCUUACGUGUAGAUGUGGUUUUUAGCUCCGUGAUGAUACAGUCAAUUUCUUACACUUUGUUCGAUUUUUUUCUUUUCAUUUAAAAUGAAAUUGUCAGUAUUUUCUAUGGCUCUUAUUUCCAGAUAAAAGACAAGGCAGUAAUACUCUCCAGUCAAUGAACAAUGAAUAGUCGAAACAAAUAACUAUCUUAAUCUUCUAGAGCAAGAGAGCAUCGUCUCCAGAAUAUAUGAAUAUGUUAUUUGCAGCAUUCAAAAAUGAACAUGGGCUUGCCUUGGAUUCGAAUUCGUCGUUCUGAAAUUAGCCGUUCAAGUCUUUUGGCGAAGCGCCUUUUCUUUUUUCUUUUAAAAAUGCAUCUACUGCGAUAGUGCUCUAUCAUAAAGACUUACCUGUAGCGUGACCUGUCGUGAAUGGUGCCUGCCGUGAAUAGUUAGCAUCGCUUGCAUAUUUCUCCCAAUUAAGCGCAAUUUUUACGUGCAUGGCACCCUCAAACGCAUGAUCUGAAUUGUUGUUAUAUCAAGAUCAACGCCGGUUAAGAAAAGACAAGGAAGCAGUUUUGUUUUGUCCGUUAUUUUCAUCCCCAUCACUCCCCUGACGUUUCUCAAUUUGUGCUACUCCUGUCUAUCAGUAUCGUGUGAUCAUUUUUCUUCAGAAGUGAGCGAGUUUUUGAUUUGCCGCUCCUUGUACUUAGGUACCCUAACAAAAGUGUUGCCACUACGAGCCAUCGAAUCAAGUACCAACAAAUGAACCUUGAGAGAUUUCGUUUUUUCCGAAACCAACGUGUACCCAAAGCGUUUCAGCGGAUGUGCUAUGAAUUUUUCUCACAGUAUUGACAUGUCGACCAGUAUGCAUGAAAAAUUGCCAUAUCAAUUUCUAAGACCAACCAAUACUUCUACAUCCAAGUGCAUCCUAGUUACAGGUAGCUAGAGGAGGAUGCCCUUUUGCUUUCCCCACUGGUGGCAAGCAAUUGUCGUCGUGUCGUGUGGCUUUCAUGGCCGGUUAGCUACCGAGGCAUAAAACGAAUAAGAUAAAAACGCUGGAAAUGCGCGAAUUUUACUCAUAUUUAUCUGUACACAAAUCGAUGCCAGUAAUGAAAAGUAGUAGAAUUUCCUUCAGAACUGUUUUUCAAUGCACUUGUCGUCAGCGACAAUUCGAACAGAGCUUGAGCUUAGAUAACGCGAUUAUGGUAUCUAUGUACGUGAAUCGUCACUACUUUUGUGGGUGUCGUCGUGUUAGUUACUGUCUGUAUUGUACAUUAAGAUUAAGUAAGAUACUUCGAACUGAUUUUGAUUGAAGAAAUUUUGAGUUUUGAUGCAGUACUUAUUUUUUCGAAAUUAUUUUGAUUGAUAUUCGCGGUGUAAGUGGUGUGUUGUAGUACAGGUAAUCUCUCGAGUGAUCGGGCUAGGGCUCGAGCCGGUGGCUACAUGCAGUCUAGAUCACAACUGUUCUAGAGCAUGGGCAGGUAUUCUUUCGCAUGAGCAGAUGGUUCACCGUAAUUCUGAUGUUGAGUACGACAGCGUUCCUUUUUCUGUUUCUUGUCAGAGUGCACUACGCUAGGUAUCUGUAAGAAUCGAGUUCCUUUUUUAGGAACAACACUGCGUAAUAUUUUUUAUAUUCUUGAUACAUAGUGCAGAAGACUAGACUGUGAUGGAAAUCAAAAUGAACCUUCAGAAACAGAAGCUGCGUGUCCGACAUUUCUUUGAGAAGCCGGCCAAUUUCAAUUGGAACGGGGUACAGUACCAAAAUACACGGUAUCUGCCCAUUAUCUCCAAUCGGUAUUAUCAUGGAUUAUAUUUUUCGGUAAGCUGUUCCCACGUAUCGUCUCAGGACGUGGUGGCGCAGUCACUGCAGCCGCGAGCCCGGUCUCCGCUCAUUUCUCGCUCGGGUAAUUAAAUGAAACUACAGCGAGAAUUGAAGACCCAGGUAACAAAAAAAAAAAUUCUAUUCAAAGCUAAUGAUGCUACAAAGCUAAUGAUGCUACUAGCUGUUGAGAGUCGAGUGAAACCGAAGUGCAUAGAUAC